CUCUCUCUCCAUUUGGUACUUCCGUUCUUCUUCAUUUAUAACCAUCUUCAAGCAAAAUGUUGCUUGAUCUUCACUGCAGGGUGACAAUAUCAUUCGGAGGCUAGCUCACUGGAUGAGGGAUGCCGAGGCCGAAGUGGCAAAAACCGAUGCCGAGCUUCGAGCCUCCGAACAGCGCGAGGUGGCGCUUGGUGCCAAUUUGGCGAGUGUCUCCAAAAGGCUAGAGAAGGGCGCUCAAGCAGCGGAGGGUCAAGUGAAGUUGAUCUAGUCCGAUGAGCACACGAAGGCAGCCGAAGCUGAGGCUGCCGCUUGCGAGGCCCAAUUAUGCUCGGCAUUAUCUCUCCUGGAAGAGAGUGUCCGAGCAGAAAGAGCGAGAGCCGGUGCCCAGGCAGCGGAGCAAUACAAAGCUUCGGAAGAGUGCAAACACGAGAAGACUCAGGAACCCCCAACCUCCAAAUUCUCUCGAACCUUACGAACCAGGCCGGACACCUGGUGACGUGGAGCUUGAAGCCGAGAAGACGAGGAAACGAAGAGAUCAAAGGGCUUUCGGAGGAGAAGUAACGGGGGCUGAAGUUGAAGGACGCCGUAACCAUUGCCAAACAUUCUUUCGCACCUUCAAAUUGGUACUGCCUUCAGAGUCGUAACAACGGCUACUUUUUAACUUGCGACACUUCCAUCACUACUUUGGAGA